AUGGCGUACUUGUGCGAGUGUCCUCUGCGACUGGAGAAGGGCUUUAUCUUGGAUGGGGUGGCCGUGAGCACGGUGGCCCGGGCCUACGGUCUCACGAGGCCCAAGCUGUGGUCUGCGAUUCCGCCCUACAACGCGCAGCAGGACUACCACGCCCGCCGCUAUUUCCAGAGCCACGUGGUUCCGCCCGUUUUGCGGAAAACUCAUCAGGAUCGCUGUGGUACAGGAAGGGAUGGCUGGAUAGUAGACUAUUACCACAUCUUUGGACAAGGACAGAGAUACCUCAACAGGAGAAACUGGGCAGGGGCAGGGCAUUCCCUCCAGCAGGUGACCGGGCACAACCACUACAAUGCUGAUGUGAGACCCAUCAACGGGUUCAAUGGUCGGUUUGGCUACCGCCGGAACACCCCAGCCCUCCGCCAGCGCCCGUCCGUCUUUGGAGAGGUCACCCAAUUCCCUCUCUUCUAACAGCAUCUCUUCCCUUCACAGCCCUCGACCUGAAUUUCUAAGAUGUUUAGAUGAACUCUCAAUGUUAUUUUAUGUAUAAAAAACAUUUGUGUCUC